AUGUCCGACCUUGAUGAGCUUGCGAGAUUCCGUGAGGAGUGGAAACGGGAAGUCGAGCAACGACGCAACCCUCAACCUACCGCCUCUGCCGCCUCUGAAACCUCUCAAAGGCUUCAUAAUAUCACUUCCGACUUCAAUGGGCUUUCUCUAGAGUAUACUGAGCCGUUACCUGGUCCAUCAAGCGAAACUGUCUCGGGCCGCGUCCCGACCUCCACUUUUUUCACCAAUAGCGUCAUCCCCGACUCGGUUCGGAGCGCUUUGGCGGUCUACAAGCGCGCCAUUCAGCACGAGCAGCAGGGAGAGUUAGACGAGGCGUUGAGAUUGUACCGCCAGGCUUUUCGCAGUCACCCAGAUAUCGACAGGGUUUACAUGUCGAUGGAGCUGUUGAAUUCGAUAAACGUCGCUCAGACUGAGGAACCUGAGAAGCUGGACACUCGGGAACGAGAGAAAGUUUUGGUCAACACCAGAGAACAAACAAGCGUUUCUGUCAUCCCAACCUCGCUCGCCAAAGUGAUCAAUGGAUUUCCUCAAGACAUCGUUUUCUUACCCGAGGACGAGAAACUACCUGUUCAUCUAAAUGUGCUUCCUGAAGAACUACUUGUUGCGAUAAUACGACGGCUGGAUCACACAACAAUCGAGCGAUUCGGUGCUGUCAGCAGAAGGGCACGCGUCCUUACCCUAGAUUCGUCUGUUUGGAGAGAGCUUGUCGUCUUGGUCUACAAACAUCCACAGAUCCCCCACUUCGAGAGCAUCGUUCCGGUCAUAGCGCGAUAUCAGUCUGACUUUCGCCGCCUUUUCGUUGAGCACCCGCGGCUUCGCCUUGAUGGAGCGUACAUCGCCGUCUGCCACUACGUACGACCUGGCUUGAGUGAGAACACAUGGGUCAACAUCAGCCAUCUGAUCACCUACCAUCGCUACCUCCGAUUCUUCCCUGACGGGAAGGUAUUGUCGCUGUUGGCCAACGAGGAAACCCCUCCUGCACAAGUAAUUCAUACUCUGAAGCUUUCAUUGCGCAAGAAGGGCUUGUACAUUGGCACGUGGCGAUUAGCAGGCUCAAACGUGAUAAUAUCCAAUCUUAUCGACGCCAGUGGGCGGUUCCCCAUUCCGCCUCAACCAGUUUCUGCGGAUGAGCCAUGUGCUCGAUAUGCUUUCAGUAUGACGUUGAACCUUCGUUCUCGUCCUCUUGGCCGCUGGAACAAACUUGAGUUGACAUCAUACAACUCGGUUCAUAUAGAGAGUGGAGAUUCUUCGCCGUUACCCUUGAAGCACGACCGUCCGUUUUGGUUCUCAAAGGUCAAAUCGUUUCCGGCCUUUUGA